AUGCAUUUGAUCGAAAAAUUACAUAUGAUAUCAGGAAACGUCAAUUCAGGCAUCGUCGAUGCAAGAACUAAAGGAAUGAACGAUGCCAUACAUUGGGCAGCCAGCGACGAUUUGGGAAAUCGAACGCAUUUUUUCAGCGGAAAUAGCCAUCGUGCAAGACUCAAGGUAAAGACGGUUAAAUUUGAGGAUCAAGGAAUCUUUCGGUGUCGAGUUGAUUUUUCAAAUUCUCCAACAAGAAAUUUUCGUGUUAAUCUUACGUUAGUUGAGCAACCCACACGGCCAAUAAUUUAUGACGCGCAGGGACGUGAGGUGAUGGGCGUCCCUCGCUUCUUUGAAGGCUAUGAUCUCAGGCUUACUUGCCAAGUAUCCGGAGGUCGACCAAAACCCACAGUAACUUGGUGGAAAGACGGGCAACUUUUGGAUGGGGUUGUUGACGUGCCAGAGAUUUCUGACAUCUCUGGAAGUUCUAGCAAAUUUACGAACUAA